AAGCCAUAUUGUACAAGAUAGACCAAUGGUUAUCACGUGGCAGAACUGUGAUGUUCAUUGACCUAGAAACCCGUCACUUGAUUGGUCACAUUAUAUUGGCCAAUUAUUUGAUAGUAGUUUGAUUUUUAUUUUCAUUCAGAUAAUUAAACAAGCAUUACGGAAUCUUGACGACUGUGAAACUGACGAUGGAUGAAAAGAAGUCUAAGGAGAUGCUUUUUGAUCCGAAAGAGGAGCAUGACGCUUGCGGUGUGGGCUUCGUAGUUAAUACUAAAGGUGUACGCUCAAAUAAGGUAUUGAAGGAUGCCAAAGUCAUGCUUGAACGUAUGGAUCAUCGAGGAGCUUGUGCAUGUGAUGAGGAUACUGGGGAUGGGUCGGGUGUAAUGACGUCUAUACCAUAUGAAAUAUAUUUAGAGUACGCGCGUGAGGCAAAUGUUGUUUUACCACCACUGGGUCGUUUCGCAACUGGUAUCAUCUUUAUACACGAUCGCACUACUACAAUUCCUGAUCUUAUGCAACAGCUUUCAAAAAUAACGGAGGAGUGUGACUUAAAACUUUUAUUCUGGCGUAUGGUGAAUGUGAACAAAAACUGUAUUGGUAUAGUAGCGCAUUCCGAGGAACCAAUUAUAGUUCAAGUAUUUGUCGUUCAAAAAUCAGAAAGUGAAGAAUCCUACCAGGAUACUGGAUUUCGUAGUCAAGUGAGUAAUUCUUAGUGUAUAUUUGUGAAAUCGCCUCUUACAGAUUCAAAGAGGAAUGAAUGACUGUAUUGGUUAAAUUAUUGUGUAGAGAUCUCUCUGAUGAGUGAGAAUUUUUGUUGUAUGUCUAUGGAUGACCACUACUAUUGUACCAUUUUGGUCUGCUGUAAUGAAACCAACAGCAGCGGCAAACAACGACACCAACAAGAGCAACCCUGUUACCAUCACCAACACAACCACUAUCAACAACAACGAUUUAAAUGUGUGUCUAAGAGAGCAUAUGAAAAUUUGUAUUUUUGCUUCGUAAAUAUGCAAGUAAUGAAUUAUCAAAGAGCUGUUAUAUAUGCAGUCUAUGUUCUGAAAGAAUUGUUUAUAAAGGUUUAUUCACCACAAAACAACUGUGGAAUUACUACGCAGAUCUAUCCAACCCUAAUUUUCUGACUCACUUUGCAAUAGUUCAUAAUCGCUUUUCUACAAACACUUUUCCAUCAUGGUGUCGUGCUCAUCCACAACGUAUGAUGGCUCAUAAUGGAGAAAUCAACACACUACGCGGCAACGUAAAUUACUGUCGAGCGCGUCAAAGUUUAAUGUUCAGUCGUUUUUAUACAAAGGCACAAAUAUCAAAAUUAUUUCCUAUCAUUGAACAAGGUAUGUCUGAUUCAGGAUCAUUUGACAACAUGAUGGAAUUCUUGUGUCAAGCUGGUGACUACAGUCUUCCAGAAGCUGUAAUGAUGAUGAUUCCUGAAGCGUGGCAUAAUCUAGAUCCAGAAAAAGGUGAAAUAUCUAGAGAGAAAUGGAAUUAUUUCAAAUGGGCUGCCAAUAGUUUUGAACCUUGGGAUGGACCAGCUCUAAUUGUAUUUUCUGAUGGACGUUAUAUUGGUGCAAUACUUGAUCGUAAUGGUCUUCGCCCAGCUCGUUUUUAUGCAACCAGUGAUGAUAUGGUGUAUAUGUCGAGUGAAGUUGGUGUAGUCGAUAUACAACCUGAUGUGAAAAUCAUACAAAAAGGUCGCCUAAAAGCUGGACGUUUAUUGAUUGUCGAUACAGAAAGUGGACAGCUAUUAGAUGAUGAAUCACUAAAAUCCAAAAUUGCUACCAAACACCCUUAUGAUGUUUGGCUUAAAGAAGGAGCUCUUGAUUUGCCUGAGAUGCAUAGGGCCUUUGCGAAUUCCCCUGAACACUAUAAGAGAAUCUCAACACUCGAGCCCUCAAUCAUUGACGAUCGUCGCCUCCCACUAUUUGGGUAUAAUCCAGAAAAUAUCAAUCUUCUAAUUUUGCCCAUGUUGAAGACUGGGUGAGUUUAUUCAAGUUGUUUUCAUUUAUGUAUUUAAAAAAAUAUACAUAGCUUAUACACAUAGCUUUUAUUCAUAGAAUUAAACAUGAUUCAGAAGAGUUAGGGGUUAUUUAUUCAUCUUUGUUAGCUAUGUAAUAUCGAUGGCUGUUAAAUUGUUUUCCUCAGUCUUAUUCUUUAUUAGUGAUGUUUGUUUCAUUUACAUUAUGUGAUAUACGUGAAAAUAGAUAUCAAAAACUCAAUUGGUUACUUUUCCGUAGAGGAAAACAAAGCUGUUAUAAAAAGCGAUGUUCAUGCAUCUUUUCUUCUCAAAUAAAUCCUAUUCCAUUCCCAUCUCCGACUCUUAAUAUAGCAUUAUCAGGAAAAUAAUGAAAUGUACUGACGUAGAAAAGUUUGUCAAUGUAUGUAUCAACUUCAUUCGAAUAUUUCUUAGGGUUUUCCGUUUCUAACUUGAUCCAUGAUUAAUGAUCAUGGAAUGUUAAGAAUUUACUCGUUCGCUUUCUUUGUUUUUUUUUUACAUUUAUGAGCUAAAUUGACUAUGAUGCUAAAGGCUGAACAGUUUCAGCCUAAUUUGCACAAAGACACAUACUAGAGUUUUCGUGUAUAGUAGUGAAAGUGGGUGUGAUUUGUUACUGAGCAAACAGGUAUACAGCUUACCAACUGUUAAAUGCAUGAUAUCCUUUCCUCUUAUUGGUUUCUACUUCGAACGCACCGAGAGUGACCGCUUGUGAUUAUGGAGAACACUGUUUUGCUUCAUAAACCGACAUAUUUACUGACAAGCUAUUCUGUCCCCUGACAUCUCUUCAGUGGGAGCUUUUCGCUUUAAUAAACAGGGUUUGCGAGAAGCUAUCACCCCGCCACAUUAGUAAUUCAAGCGAUCAACGGCAAUCAACACACUUCAUAGCAUUUUGUCUAUUAUAACUUAUGAAAAUCGAAAAUUCAGAAUGAUUUAACGAAAUUUACAAUCCUGCUUUUUAUUUACUUAGCAAAUAAACAAAUUAUGAACAGUUUUUUAAACUUGCUUUUGUUACUAAUAUCCACUGAUGGGUCAGUUUUUUAAUGAUUUACCGGAAGCAUAUGGGCAUCAUUAUUCUUUCAAAUUUGAUUUUAAGUAUAUGAAACAUAGAACAGCAAAGCGGAAAAUGUGACCUUUUUUUUAGCUUUAAGUGAUAACUUUAAUUCUGUUUUGCGUUUUGUUUUAUGCAUCUACCAAACAAUACACUGUUGCUCCCAGAGUUUGUAAACACAAGAUGAAAUGUCGAAUAAAUCUAGAUCUUGAAAACAUGUGUGGGGGGAGGCUAGUAAUUCGUGAUAAUUCAUAAACGGAACGAAAAGCAUUUUGAAUUUGCUUUAUGAUUCUGGUCUGACAAAUGUUUACUUGUAAAUAAAAUCUUAGAUAAUAAGUUUACCUCAUUGUUUGGUUUUCGCUUUGUGACAAUCGACAAAAAUAACCUUAAAUAUGAGAGUACGACAUCACUAUUAUUGAUUUAAAGCAUAUAAUCCUUUGGUUGUAGACAAAACCUGACAAAAGACAAAGACAUAUUUAUAAUAUUAGUAUCAACUAACUUAUAAAACUAUGUAACUGGAAUUUCAUAAACCAUGAAAUUAAUAACUUCAAUUAUAAAAUAUCGUAUCGUUCCUGAAACUAAUAACUCCGAACCAUUUUAUUUAUUCAAGCAUAUAAACAUGGUUACUCUGUUUCAGCAAAGAAGCUCUAGGAUCUAUGGGGAAUGAUGCUCCACUGGCUUGUUUAUCUGAACAAAAUCCCCAUGUAUUUGACUAUUUUCAGCAGUUAUUUGCUCAGGUCACGAAUCCUCCUAUCGAUCCGUUUCGUGAACGCAUUGUAAUGACAUUGAUGUGUCCUAUCGGACCACAGAAAAAUAUCUUGAUUCCAUCCAGAGCACAAACUCAUCGUUUAUGGCUUGCGAAUCCGAUUUUAUCAUUGAAGGAUAUGGCUUUAUUACGUUCACUAGGGGGCAAUCCUCCAUCACAACCUGAGGAAGUGAAAAUAACAAGUACUGUUCUCUCAUGGCGUAGUGUUAUUUUGGAUGCUACAUUAUCUGUACAUGAAGGUUCUGAAAAAGUUUCAUUGGGAUCAAAACUGUUCCACUUUCUACAAGAUCUCUGUGAUAAGGCCGAGAACGCAGUUUUACAUGAUAGUGUGGAUUUGUUAAUAAUUUCUGACAGGGCAAGUAGUCGAGAUCGGCUUCCUGUUCCAAUACUGUUAGCUGUCGGGGCGGUACAUCAACGUCUAGUUCGUCGUGAGCUUCGUAUGAGGGUUGGUAUAAUUGCGGAAACGGGGGAAUCAAAAGAAGUUCAUCAUUUUUGUACACUUAUUGGUUUUGGUGCAGAUGCAAUAUGUCCUUACUUGAUUUUCGAAUCUGUCUCACGUUUAAACUAUGAAGGUCUUCUAACAUCAGCUACAGUUGUGAAUGAAGAAGAAUUAUAUUCAAGUUUCAUAACAUCUGUUGAACGCGGUAUACUUAAAGUUAUGGCUAAAAUGGGAAUCUCAACAUUGCAUAGCUACAAGAGUGCUCAGAUCUUUGAAGCUGUUGGCUUAGCACAAUCUGUGAUUGAUAUGUGUUUCUGUGGCGCCGUAAGUCGUGUAGGCGGAGCAGAUUUCGAAAUAUUAGCAAGAGAAGUUACCGCACGUCACCAACUAGCCUAUCCAGAAUGUCAAACACUUUGCACUAAAGUACUUGAAAAUCUUGGUCAGUUUGGGAAUAAUCCUGGAUUUUAUCACUGGAGAUUUGGUGGAGAAAAUCAUAUGAACAGCCCAGAGGCAAUAGCGAAACUUCAGGCUGCAUCUCGUAAUAAUAGCCAUGAGGCUUACAAAAUGUUUGUCCAAGUCGCCGAUGAAUGUUCGCGUCACUGCACUCUACGUGGACAGCUAGAUUUUAAUUAUUCGGAAAAGCCUUUAUCGUUGGAAUUAGUGGAAUCGGCUGCAGAAAUAGUAAAACGUUUCUCUACAGGUGCAAUGAGUUUGGGAAGUAUUUCUUCAGAAGCUCAUACUGCUUUAGCUAGGGCUAUGAAUAAACUUGGUGGACGUUCGAACACUGGUGAAGGAGGUGAGCUACCAGAACGUUAUAAGAAUCCUGAAAUAUGUUCUGCUAUAAAACAGGUUGCUUCAGGACGUUUCGGUGUGAAUAGUUCAUACCUAGCCCAUGCUGAAAUGCUGCAAAUAAAGAUGGCUCAAGGUGCUAAACCUGGUGAAGGUGGUGAAUUACCAGGCUAUAAAGUUACCGAGGAAAUCGCUAAUACACGUUAUUCAGUCCCUGGUGUGGGUUUGAUCAGUCCACCACCACAUCAUGACAUUUAUUCAAUAGAAGAUUUAGCUCAGCUCAUUUAUGACUUGAAAGCAGCCAAUCCAUUUGCUGUGGUUAGUGUUAAACUGGUAUCUGAAAUUGGAGUCGGUAUCGUUGCUGCUGGUGUGGCAAAGGCUCGCGCAGCACAUAUAACAAUUUCUGGUCAUGAUGGUGGUACUGGUGCUAGUAGUUGGACAGGAAUCAAACAUGCUGGACUUCCAUGGGAAUUGGGUAUUGCAGAGACUCAUCAAUCCCUAACCAGUCAACAGGCGCGUUCACGAGUGAAACUACAGGUUGAUGGACAAAUACGCACAGGACGAGAUGUGGUCAUAGCAUGCAUUCUGGGAGCUGAUGAAUUCGCAAUGUCAACUGCACCACUUAUUGUAUUAGGUUGUACAAUGAUGCGUAAAUGUCAUUUGAAUACUUGUCCAGUGGGAAUAGCCACACAAGACCCAGUUCUACGAAAAAAAUUCGCUGGUAGCCCAGAACAUGUCAUCAACUACCUAUUUCUUUUGGCUGAAGAGGUUAGACAAUACUUAAGUCGUUUAGGUGUAUCUUCAUUGAAAGAAAUUGUUGGACGUACAGAAUAUCUAAAGCAUAGAAAGCCUUGUUUAACUGCAAAAUCUCAGCUGCUUGACCUGAGUCGUUUAAUGAUUAAAACGGAACCAGAUGAAGUGCAUUAUGGUUCAUUAAGACAAAGUGAUUCAGUGAAAGAUUUCCGUGAAAAUCCAACAACAUUGUCAUUUGCCGAUCUCUUGCCAGCUGAUCGUCGUUUAGAUAUAAUAAUAUUACGCACUGCUCAUAAAUUAAUAGAUACUCCAGAAAAUGUGGAACUCAGUCCUUCUGAAUCAGUAGUAUAUGUGACCGAAUCAAUUAGUAAUUCGGAUCGCACAGUUGGCACUACACUAAGUUAUGCCAUUUCAACCAGUUUUGCUGAAAAAGGAUUACCGCGUAAUAGACGGAUUAUAGUAAAUGUUAGUGGCAGUGCAGGUCAGAGUUUAGGAGCUUUCCUUGCUCACGGCGUUCAUAUUCGCCUGGAAGGCGAUGGAAAUGAUUAUGUCGGGAAAGGUUUAUCAGGUGGAAAGAUUACAAUCGUUCCACCCAAAGAGUUAUUAAAAGAAGGAUUUAAAUCAGAAGAUAAUUUAAUUGUCGGUAAUGUUUGCUUAUAUGGUGCCAUAGAAGGAUGUCUCUUUAUAAGGGGACAAGCAGCUGAACGAUUCUGCGUACGCAAUUCCGGAGCUACUGUUGUUGUUGAGGGUGUUGGUGAUCAUGGUUGUGAAUAUAUGACUGGAGGCCGUGCUGUUAUACUUGGACGUACUGGACGUAAUUUUGCUGCUGGUAUGUCAGGUGGUCUAGCCUUUGUUUAUGACCCACUUGGGUUGAACGGAGAUUUUGUAAAAAAGUGCAAUAUGGAACUAAUCGAUUUGGAGUUGAUGAAUUCACAGAAUACAUACAGUGGUUGGCUUAAAGAAAUACUGGUUGAAUUUGUAAAAGAAACCGAUUCACAAGUCGGAGCAGAUAUUUUGGCAGACUGGAAUAAAUCCAUCAAUCAUUUUGUACUUGUAUUUCCACGUGAUUAUAGAAAUGCAUUGGCCAAACUUAAAACUUCCACAACUGUUACUGAUCCCAAGGUGCAAAAAACUAGUCCUAUUGUUGAUAGUAACAAAGUCAGUGGUCAUGGAGUAAAAACACCUUUCACUUAUAAUUUUUUUCUAUGUAGAGUUUGGCAUAUUUAGAUAAUAUUAACUUGAAAAGUCAUCAUAACCGCUAAGUGUCUCAAGUUUUGUGUUGUUGUAAAAAGUAAUUGAAUGUUAGAUAAAUAUAAGAUUCAGUCUUAGAUAUAAAUAGCUUCCAUGCAUUAUUUCUUAUUACUAUGAUGCAAUAAUCUAAAAACAAUUAAUUACAAGUGCAUCAUGAUAGCAAGUUUUGUCAUACGUGUUUCUAACUAACAAUCAUAAACUUCAAGAUUUCUGAAGAUCCGUGACCCCGUUUUAAAUUUGUCAUGUUGGUCUUACUGUAGAGAUAAAAUCAAGAUAAAUAUAUUGAAUCAUACUCUUAAAUAGCUUAUAUUUUGUACACACAUUGGAUUAAUUAUUCUUAAGAGAAUGCAAGUUCUGGUUGUUUUAUUCUCCUGUCGAACAAGGGUGAUGACUGGAACAAUCAAAACGACUGAGUUAAGAAAUAAGGAUUUGUAAGUUCUCUUUUCGAAAUAUGAUUCAGUUAUUAAAUUUUUGAUUAAUAAUUAAUGUAAGUAAUUUGAUGAUUUUGUAACUGACACCUUUAGAUCAAAUUCUGGUGUAUGAAAUUUUGUGUAAGUUAUUACAAAUUGUAAAUUUAUGUGUUACAUUUCAGUAUUACUAGUUAUUUAUAUCCACUUUGUGUAUAUCUUAAGUACAUGAGAAUUGUGCUGCUUUCUCUAGCUCACUAAUUUCUUCCAUUUUCUGUCGUAAUUACCAGAAACAAACUAAAGAUAUUGAAGAUGUAAUUGGUGAUGAGCCAGCAGAGAAACUGGAUAAAGUGCGCGGCUUCGUCAAAUAUGCCAGACAGAAGCAAAAUUAUCGUCCAGUUGAAGAACGUCUGAAAGACUGGGAAGAAGUCUACGCUCUAAAACAAAUACGCGAAGGUUUAGUCAAACAGGCUGCUCGCUGUAUGGAUUGUGGCGUGCCAUUUUGUCAAUCAUAUGUUGGGUGUCCUCUUGGCAAUCUUAUUCCAAACUGGAAUGAUUUAGUAUUUAAGGGUGAUUGGCACGCUGCUCAUAUUGCUUUAGCACAAACCAAUAACUUCCCUGAGUUCACAGGUCGUGUAUGCCCAGCACCUUGUGAAGGUGCUUGUGUACUUGGUAUAAACUCUGAUCCAGUGACUAUAAAGCAUAUCGAAGGUACCAUUGCAGACAAAGCCUGGGAAAAUGGCUGGUUACAUCCUAUUCCUGAUGAGAAUCGUAUGCCAACUGGUAAACAUAUUGCAAUUAUUGGUAGUGGUCCGUCCGGUUUAGCUUGUGCAGAUCAACUAAAUAAGGUUGGACACGAUGUACUAGUAAUCGAACGAAGAAACUUACCUGGUGGUUUGCUACGAUAUGGAAUUCCAACUAUGAAACUUUCCCGUGAAGUUCUAGAUCGCCGGUUAAAUCUAAUGAAAGCUAAUGGCGUUAAGUUCGAGCUAAAUACACGGGUCGGUAAUGAUGGCCAACCUUCAGAACCCAGAGAUUUAAAUUCCGUUUGUCGCGAUCCAGCAGAUAGUGAAAAUAUUUGGUCAGCUAGAAAACUACUGGAUGAAUUUGAUGCAAUAGUUUUAUGUUUGGGUGCCACUUGGCCUCGGGAUUUGAAUAUUCCAGGUCGUCAACUUCAAGGUAUUCAUUUUGCUAUGAGUUUCCUUGAACGCUGGCAACGUUAUCAACACAAGAAUAAGAUAAAGCAUACAUAUUUUGAUCUUCAAAAUGAUAAUAAUUUUGAUUGUGAUUCUGUGGCUGCAUUAGCCAAAGGUAAACGUGUAGUUAUACUCGGUGGGGGUGACACAGGUGUUGAUUGUAUUGCUACAUCUGUACGCCAAGGAGCUGAAAAUAUUCGUGUGUUUGAGAUUCUCCCACCACCACCAAUUAAUCGUGAUAUUAAUGAAAAUCCAUGGCCUGAAUGGCCUCGCAUAUGGAGAGUAGAUUAUGGGCACUCAGAAGUUGCUGUUCGUAUAAACGGGGACCCAAGACAAUUUAAUACAAUAACUAAAGAAUUUCUAGACAACGGGAAAGGAUCAGUAGGCGGGAUACGUACUACUAAAGUUGCAUGGACCAAAUCAAGUACCGGGAAGUGGUUAAUGAAUGAAGUACCAAAUUCUGAAGAAACAUUCGAAUGUGAUUUGGUCUUACUGGCUAUGGGCUUUAUGGGACCUGAAACUACAUUAAUCAAGGAAUUUGAACUAGGUUUAACUAGUCAGUCAGUAAUUCAAGUUCUACCCGAUAAACCAUACACCACACGCAUUCCUAAGGUUUAUGCUGCUGGAGAUUGUCGACGUGGGCAAUCUCUCGUGGUACAUGCAAUUAACGAGGGCAGGCUUGCAGCACGUCAAGUGGAUCUUGAUUUAAUGGGUAAAACACAACUUCCAGGCCCUGGUGGAAUAAUAAAAACUGCGAAUUUAAGAUAAAUUUACAGACUAUUUAGAUGCUCUUGCUUGCGCGCUUCUUUACACAUACACACAUUAACUUUAAUUUACUGCAACGGAUCUGACUAGUGCUCAGAAAGGACGCCUAGAAUAAUCGUUAUCUUCAUCCUUACGUUUGCUGAUUUCAAACCUAUUCUCUGAAUUAAUUUCAUGAUACGAAGUUGCUUUUAGUAAACUCGUUUAAUUUCAUCUUAUGUUAAACAUUUUGUUAUUGUGAAAAAUAUCCAUAAAAUUUAGAAGUUGUUCUACUUUAUGGGAAACGCUAAUUGAGAGAGAAUCAACAAAUGUGUUAUAUUCGGUUUACUUUAUAUUUCUGUAACAGUUAUCCUUUUGAGGAGAGUUUCACAUGACUCUGUUGAAGUAUGAUGACGUACAUCUAUAUACAUAGAUAGAUAAUCUAGAAUAUCCUUUUUGAAAUUUUCUUCACUUUUUUAUUCGAUCAUCAGAAUUUCUUCAGUAAGUGAAAUACAGAGGUCUCGUCUCCUGUGACAUUCAUUCUCAGCAUUCCAUCAUAAAAUAUAUAAUCUGUCUAGUACAUCAUUUUAUUUCUCGAUAUAGUUAUAUUCAAUGCUGAAUUCUGUUUAGUCUUUCUUCUGUUUAAUGCGUGUGAUUGUCUAUAUGCUUUGUUACUUCUUAUCUUCCGUUAUUCUUCCAAUUUUUGGUUCUGGAGUAAGACAACCAGUCAGUAAAAAUGAAAUGAACGAAAAACUAACACCUUUUCAUUGAGAUUGUAAGAUGUUUAUUGUCAUUCAAUGAAGCAGAUAAAGUGAACACAUGUUACUAGUGGUAGGGAAGAGGAAUGUUGGGAAAUUUACUUCUGUUGAUUAAUUUAUAUAUAUAUCAUCCCAUUUACGGUAUAUAAAUAAGAUUGCCUUUAUUUUUGUUGUUAUUAUUACUGUUAUCAUUAUCAGCAUCCUUGCAGUAAAUAUAUCGUAUUUUGUGUGUACUUUGAAUUGCACACAUGUUUAUCUCAUUUAUCGUUUCUGUUAACUUCACCCAGGCAAGUUGCCUAUCUUUCUUUUUUCUCUGUCUCUCAAGUUUUUCCUUAUUGGUCUGUUUGAUAAAUGUUACACAUAGUAGAGUGAAAAAGUAUUCUACAAAAAUAAUUAUUUUUAACGCCAGUAAUAAAGAAAUACAUUGAAGGUAUUUUGUUUCACAUUUUGGCUUUUUCUCAAAAUAAUCCAUUAGGUUGGUUGAUACUGAUAUGGGCAUAGAAGUGAGGAUGUAAAAAUGUUUAGGCUAGAGCUAGAUAAACGAAACAACCAUCUGUGAAUUAGUGGUAGUUAAAAUAUAUAUAUUCUGUUAAUCAGACCGGCUCUACAACUAUGUCCUAUCAUCCGUUCCAGUGCACAUUGAUUAAAUGAAGACGAGUGACUGAUUGAGAUAUGCAUCCGUAUAAUUAUUGAUCACUGAAGAGUAGAAUGGAUCCUACCAACUGCGUUUGUAAUGUGGUCAUCAAGCUAAAUGGUUACAUUGGCUGAGUACUUUUCAAUAGUAAUGUCCUGUUUGCUUAUUCCUUCGAGUUGAUCAAAUUUUACAGAUUAAGUUUCAAUACAACCAACAGUCUAGGUUGUGCUAGAUGAUUCGAGGUUCUCACUAGGAAACCCUAGACCAGGGUUUUCUAUUAGUUGGCACCGACUAACAAGAUGCAUCUGUAGUCUUGAGGAGAAUUAUCUUAGUCCUACAGACCAGUUACAGCUCAAAAGUGACGUCUUAUAUUACUAGACCCGGCGAAUUCUAUGAGGCACACCACUUCCUUGAGCAUCGAAAGUACCCCUUUGACGUGCUAACUAGCACAAAAGUCCAGGAUUUCCUGACGAUUAUCUUCAAUCAUCAAAUUUAAAUGGUUCCGUAUCAUGUUGGAGGAGGUUUAGUAUUUCAUCUUCCCAACCAAUCGACAAUAAUUUUUAAGUCUAGGCUAUUCACAUCAUGGAAUUUCGCAGCAAAAUAUAUCUGUAAAGUUAGCAAAUCUUACAUUUCAUCAGACUUGGAUCCGCAAUAUUCAGUGUCACAAUCAGUAACCUAAUGACAGCCUGCGUCGAACUCCUUGUAUUAUUUAUCAUUUUUGUUUUUAAUGGUUUGAUAAAUACAUGGUAAUUAAAGGCCAGUCACUCGAUACUCUCUUUAUUGUUGCAUACGAUUGCAACACCCCUAAAAUGACGAGAAAUAUAUUCUUUUCAAAUUCAAAUGAAAACCUUAUUUUCAAUAAUAACGUGCGAUCCGAUGAUUCUUAGUACUGUUAAGGUAAAUGAUUGCGUGAAAGCAUCACAUUUAGAUGUGGGAUAUUGUUUAUUUAUAAACCUCUGUCAACUGAAUUCUGUCAAUCAACCAUGAAUCAUCGAAUACAACCACUCAAAUUAAAAACUAGAGUACUGAAGUUAAUUUCUGUCAGUAAUAAAAAUAUAAACAUGACAUUAGUUGUCAACCAAUAACUAGGUUUUGUACUGAAAAUAUCACUUAAGAAAUCAGUAUCAGAGAGUAAGAAACUACUAAUGAUAUCAAAGUACUGUGUGCUGUCUGAGGAACCAUGUAAGCUUAUCAUAAUAUAUCCAACCAAUUAAAUAGUUCUAUUUUAAAAAUAUAUUCCUUUAAUAAAUGGAGAAAUUAAAGUAAUUCGAAAUGACUAUUUAAUACUACUAUAAUCUAAAAUUACAAUACUAUAGUGAAGUUUAUUCCUCAAAAGUUUUACGUUGAACAGAUUGGUUUAACUUUGUGCACCCAGCAAUGCCUAUAAAGUUAUUUUCUUAUGAGUUUACAAUGUUAUUCUGUUGAUAUCUUCGUAAACAUACAUGUUUGGUUCUUCCUUAUACUUAUAUUUAAAAAAUAUCCAGGUUAGUACAAAGCACAGGAGGAUUUCCAAAUUCAUCUGAAAUAAUCUAAAAACUAUAGACAAUGAAUCUUUGCUACUUUUUAGAAAAUAGCAUAAAUCCUACGACUGUCAAGCAGUUGGAUAAAAGAACCAGAAGCAUCUUUGUUCGAGUCGACCGUUUAUGAAGUGUCUUUUCCCAUUGAAUUUCACUAAAGUGUGUCUUUGUUAUUGAGAAUUGAACGGUCAAUACAUUUCUCUGUCGCACUAACAUAAAUAAAUCUCGAAAACUUAUAAACACUAUUUAUGCUGAGAAUUUUUUGAGAAACGGUAUUUAGUCCUCUGCUAUCACCAAUUUGAUUUAAUAGAUGACGGUUACAGUUGAUCAGAAACAUCCGAUAUCAUAGUAUCGGUCUUGAACUGUUUUUAGAGAUCAUAGUGACACUGAUGUAUUACAUUAAUAUAAAGGAAAAUGAUUUCUCAAAUUCAUUCAUUCAUCAAACUUAAAAAACCGUGAUUCAAACACUUCAUUUGUUACUUAAUCACACAUUUUGUCUACGCUGUCGUCCCAUCCGAGAAUUUAGACUUUAAUGGACAAUAAACAUAAUUAAAAGUAUUCCUACCGACGCAGUAAGCAUUUAUAGGAGUAAACUCGAUGUACCAUUUUGCUUAGCCUCGGUUAAACCCACUAAUCCUUUGAACGACAGAGGAUAGAACUUUCUCACUACUAAAUUUUCAUCUGUGAUAAAGGUUGGAGUUUAUAUAUACUCUGACUCCUGUCAAAAUAACAAUAUGCUUUGCUAGUUACAAAGAACUUAACAAUUCUAAAAUAAACAUACAAAACCGAACAUCCUUUUCGUGAAAUCUGAGUUUUGAUUUUAUUAGAUGUCUUAUGCUAAUCUUAUUGACAGUACCUUCGUAAUUAUAGGGCCCAUAUAUUUGCUGAUCCAUUCGUCUUGUAUAAAAACUUGUGAUUCCAUGAGUUUGAAAUAUUGUCUCUUGCUAACACUUUAAUGUCAACAUAAAAUUUUAACAUAUAACUCGUUUCGACUAGUGAUUCUACUCACCAAACUAAUACUGUUUCAAUUAGUCUUUAUUACUAGGUCGGUAUGGCUGCUCUAUUUUUAACUUACCCAUUAAACAACUUUUCCUUGUAUUUCAAUGCAAAACUUCUCAGAAAUCUAUUUUAUAAAAUCAAAGUUCAUUUUAAUACCUCUUAGAGAUCUGAAAUCAUUGUCUCAAUCCCCAUUUUUGCCAAUGAAGUUUAUAUCUAAACGUGAUUCGUCAUUAAAUUUACUUAGUAUUAUUUACUUGUAUUUUCCAUUGUUGUUCAGGACUGAGACUGAUCAGUCGCUUAUUGGCAUAUGGGCAUCAACAAUGGGGAGAUACAAAUAAACAAUGACAAGUCAAUUUAAACUUCAACCCACUGCACAAACUAGUGGCUAUCGGAACUCAGUGGCUAAGCGGAUAACAUGAUGGUGCUUGAAGCGGACAGUACUGGGUUCGAGUUCCGGAGUGGACAUCAACUCUAGGACGCGGGUACACCUAGCUAACGAGUCCCAAAUGAGAUGGAUCCCACUACUAGCCACCAUCUUUGCUUGUAAUUCGUCAAUAUCUUACUAACUUCAAUUUUCAUACCCGGUAUAUUUAGCUGAAUUGUUAGUUAUCCCUUACUAAACAUGAAGUGAAAUUCUUAUGAAAAUUACACAAACAGUCAUUAGACUGAGAAAAUUCUAACCUCGUCUGGUCAUCAGCUUGUUACAACUUUCCUCAGAUAUAUUCCUAUAUAACAUUCCGUAACACCAAAUUCUGCAUCCUGUCUUAUAUUUUAAAUUUUGGUAAAUUGUGAUUAGAUGACCCAUGGCCCUAAAUAACGUGUCGUCUUAAUUCGCAUUAUUUUUAGUCCAAAAGUUUGCGACUACUUAAAAUAUUCAGUCUGACAAUAGACUAUUAACCGAGUUCUUUGUUGAAAAAAAACCAUGCUUAUUUAUUUGAAGCAAAAUGAAAUACGCGUAUGCACAACCAAAAAGUAUAUAUAUGUAGUGACAUUUGUCAUAACAUAUCCACACUUAUCUUACUAUUAAACCAGUUGAUGCUGUAUACAGCCUUGAAUCAUAGUUUGAACGCCUUUUAUGUUUUUAUUUCUUAGUAUAGGUAUGAUUAGUGUCACCAAUGUUCAAUGUAAAAUCAAAUUCUAUGACUUGUCAUUUGGAAUGCAAAAAGCGCAACAGUUUAAACUGGUAGUACAUAAACUUUCAAAAAACAUUCAUUUCUUAGGAUAAUCCUACUGUUUGAAAUUUUCUGGGAGAAUCUAUCUUCUAUCCAAAGAAUUAUUAGAUCGAAAUUUUUUUUUAUGGAAAUAAGGAACUUAAUUAUUUAGUGUUCAUACUGUCGUAAAACAGGAAAACUGGUUUGUUCUUAUAAUAUUAUUUGUGAGUUGAACUAUUUUGUGUAUGUUUGUUUGAAAAGUAGGAGAGAAACAUCAAUGAAAGUAAUCAACGCUAACUGUAGUAAAAAUAUAUAAAUCAGCAACUACCGUCCAUAGUUUCAGAAGAUGGAAUGUUUUAACAGUCUUUGACAAGGAAUAUACAAAAUUCGAAGUAAAAAUUUAAAAUAGUAUGCUCGUAAACUUUGAAGACGUAGGGAUUUAGUAGGCUGUGUAUGAUUCUAAAAACUGAGUACCAUAAUUUUAGAUUCGUCAUUUUAGAUCAUUUGUACUGUUCUAUGACAACGUACAUGUCAAUCAAAUUGUCAACAAAUACAUAUUAUGGACACUUGUAGAUUAGAUAAGAAAAUGAAAGGAAAUCCGUUUCCUUAUUUGGUAGACUAGUCAUGAAUUCUAAUGCUUCACAAGGAUUUUCUUCCUAUUCAAUUAGCUCACGUAUAAUUUCGCUCAUGAUAAGCUACACAAUGAAUUAUUUGCAGUCGGAUGAAGAUUUUCGAUAUUAAACAACAGCUUAAACCAAAAUAUAAAGAUAAGGUAUCAUAAUUGAUUGAAUAAGAAAAUCUCAAUGGGUGAGAUCAUGAUUCAAUUGAAGCUGAACCACCAUGGAAUACCUGGAAGCACUGGAUGGCCGUUUUUCUAUUGUGGGACUCCUCAGCAGUGCGCAUCCACGACCCCGCCCCCGCGAGAUUCGAACCCAGAAUCUACCAGUCUCGCGCACGAGCGCUUAACCACUAGACCACUGAGCUAGCAUCCAACGGUGUUAAUGUCUAAUUACUGAGGAGUCUCAUAAUAGGACGAAAUGGCCGUCCAGUGCUUCCAGG